UCGGGAAUACCGGGGUGAUGGGGGUGGCGGUAGCAGGGCUAGACACCCCCCGAAGAGAUGGGGAUGUGGGGUGUCAGGGUGAUCGUGGGGCGGGGCCGGGGCCAGGCACCCUCACACCGCUGGUGUGGGGAUCCCAGGGCUGCACAGCCCCCAGGGGGAGGGAUGAUGGGAUUGGCUUGGGGGCCCUCGGGCUGGGCAGCCCCUGGGGAGUUGUUUGAUUUAGGGAUAAGUGGAGGGGGUCCUGGCGCUGCACAGCCCCUGGGGUGGUGGGGAUGAGGUGGUGCCAGGGAUGGGCACCCCUGAGGCAAUGGGGCUGCACCUGAGGUCCUGGGGCUGGGCACACCGGGGGUGUCGGGGCUGGAUGGGGAGUCAAGGGCUUGGGGACCUCUGACAGAGCAGCUGGAGGCAUGCACAGAGGGAAACAGAAGGCAUGGGAAGAGCUUUGGGGCUGGGUUCAGCCAGGAACCCCGUGUGAGAGCUGCAGGACAUUGCAAGAGCCAGGCCUGGGGGUGAUGUCAUCUCAGAGUGGAGAAGCCUGUCCAGCAUGCCAAGACCUCCCACGUGCACAGCACUUCACCUCUGGGAGCCAAGAGGGGUUGGGAUGGCUCAGCCCAGUCGCUGUGUCCCAGGAUGGAGCAUCCCUGACACAUCGGAUCUCGGCAUCCAUUGUAGCAACAGAAAGGACCAGAAAGCGCUGGGAGGUUGUUAUGGAAACAGCCACAAAUUGGAUCAGUACUUGGUGCAGGGAGCAGUUUGUGUGACUGAUGUGGGAGCAGGUGGGUGUGACAGGCACAGCGGUGUGGGGGGCCCGUGGUGGCACCCCGCUGCCCAGGCUGUGUCCCUGUUCUGGGCUGGACUGUGGCAGUACCUCAGCUCACAGGGACCCAGGCAUGGGGUCCCACCCCCCUCACGCAGCCUCUGCACUCCCCAGGGAGGUGAAGGAUGGGCGAGUUGGGGGUGGUUGGCAGAAAUUCCACCCAGAAAAUACUUUCAGCUGCUUCCCCAAACCCCGGCUGAGCCCAGCACAUGGUGUCGGGGGGGCAGCGGCCCCUGCGCAAACAGCCCCACUGUUGGUCGUGGGGCUGCGAUCCGACAGCGUGGGCACUGCUCUGCUCCCUGGCCUGGAGAGCCACGCACGGUUCCCAUCACUGCGAGCCACUCAUCACCCUUGUGCGGGGCAGCCCCGGACCCCGCAUCCUCCUCGAGCCCCGUGGGCACUCAUGGCUGCCGGCGCUGUCCUGGCCACACGGCUCCUGGGAGCCCAGACAGCCCCGCGUGGCUCGUCCGGGACACCGGCACACUAUGCUGGGCCAAGGGGCAGGAGGGUGCCUGUGGCCGAGCGGGGACGUGCCGGUGCCACGGCCCCGUCCGGCCCGAGCGCGGGAGCGGCUCCGCUCCGCGUUCCUCUUCUGGCACAGAACCCAGCUAUGAAGAAGACAUAAACAUUUGCUAAGUGGCCGAGCUGGUUCUUUUCGGGCCAAGAGGCCAUAUUAGAGCUCACAUCAUCAAGGCAGAUGAGCUCACUGGAGAACAACGACUUGGGGCCGGGCCAGGGCUGGGGAGCGGGGCCAGGGCUCCCAGCCCCGAGCUGGCACCAUGACCAGUCGCUCCUGGGGCAGUCCCGGAUCCCGAGAGGGGCCAUGUCCCGGCAGAGCCACCGGCAAGGCAGAGCUGCGACACCGAGCCCCACAACACUUUCUGGUGCCCCGCUGAAGGUGACCCCCAAGCUGCCCCCCGAGGCCUGGCAGGGAUCUGCGUGCAGGGCUGGAGCUGACAUGACACCUUCGUGCCACCCCCAGUUCCCUCCAGGCUCCACAUUCCUGGGAUUCCUUCCGAGCACCGAACAUCUUUCCUUGCUCUGUGCGCUGGUAACUGCGCCGGGGCCUGAUCGUCCUGCGCAAAGAGGGCACCCCGCUGCCGGGGUGCCAGGGUUGCAGGAUGCGGCCACCUGGUCUGUUCCAGCCCGGCAGUGUGAGAAUUCUCAGAGAGUGUGUGUGGGGUCAGGCAGAGGGGACAGGAGUGCCCCAGCCCUGAUCACCCCACAACCUGCGCCCACAUCCCCGGAGGUUCCUGUGAAUGCCCCCCAAACAGCAGUGCCAGACAGCAGCGCGGAGCCGGGCUCCCACCAUGUGCCGCGCCACCACCACUAUACCUGUCAUUUACCAGCCACACGUGGGGUGCGAGGGGUGGCACUGGCACCUCCCCCAGGUGACACCGGAUCCCCCAGCCCCUCUCAGGGCACCUUCCUCCCGCUGGGGUCUCUGGGGAGGCUCCCUGUCCCAGCCUGGGAGGGUGAGGAGGAAGAAGAGGGACACAUCUAGUCCCUGGGCUGGGCACGGGCACUUCCGGGGAGCAGAGGGCACCGCGCCCGUCCCGGGGCUCUCCCACCGCCGCUGUGUCCUGCGAGCCCUGUCGGUGCCUUGGCGCGCACAGGAGCCGAGCCGAGCCGUGCCAGCCCUGGAGCUGCUGCUGCCGGCACCCAGCUGCGGUGACAGCCACAUGUCGCGCACCCACCCCUCCCUGCCCUCGUCCUGCCAGGCCCUCCCGGGGCGGGGCAGGAGUCCCACCGGCA